GGCUCGUUCCUUCACUCUCGUUCAUACACCAUCGGAAAAUCUCGCAGUUAGACAAGAUGAUGGACUCCGACGAGGACGACAUAUACCCUCAGCACAAUGAGUCGAAUGGCUAUCAAGCUCAGGCCGAAGACAAAAUGGAGGAUGUCGAAGACGGGGAAGAAGAAGGCGAAGAAGUCGAGGACAGCGAUGACGAUGUCGACUUCAUCAUAGACGUCAAAGAAGAAGAGAAAUCAGAGCCAUCCUCACAAGCAAAACGCCCCCCUGGUCUCACACCCGCCCCGACCGACCUACGAAAAGCAUCUAUAACCCCGCAACCCGCAACAACGAAACCAGAAACACCCAUACCCGCCGAAGCAAGAACCGGCUCACAACCACCCCCCAACGACCGUCCUGGCACCGACUACCCGGCGCGCCAUACCUCGAAACUCGAUCCCAACGGGAACCCCGUCCACCCUGCAACCGGCAAACCCAUCCUCUCCACCGACUUCGACGUCGACUUCCCGUCCGAGUCCACCAAGCCCUGGCGCAAACCGGGCGCCGAUAUCACCGACUACUUCAACUACGGCUUCGACGAGUUCACAUGGGCAUCGUACUGUCUCAAGCAGCAACAAAUGCCCAAGGAAAUCAAAGAAAUCACACAGCAGGCAGAGCAAAUGAAAGCCUUCGUCGAGGGGAUCCCGGGAGGCGGGGCAAUGCCCGGGAUGCCUGCCAUGCCUGGCGGUCCGCCCGCCGGUGGUGCUCCGGACAUGUCGCAAAUGGCCAUGCCCAGCGAGGCGCAGAUGCAGCAGAUGUUCGCGGCAAUGACGUCCCAAGGGAUGGAUCCGACAAGCAUGGACCCAACUCAGUUUAUGCAAUUCAUGGGCGCCGGGGGAGGCGGUAUGAUGGGCCAGCAACCGCCAACAGGCCCCGGAGGCUUUGGAGGAGGCGGUGGCAGUGGCUUCGACCAAGGUAUGGGUGGCGGAGGUGGAGGUGGCUUCGGGCGUGGACGAGGCAAAGGUGGGAGACGAAAUUGGUAGAGACAGUUUCGUCAUCCCGAUUCACCCGAGCAUUACUGAAGCCGACACCAAAAACGUGGGCGGCCAUAUAUACCCAAAGUCCAGAGGCAUUCAGAUACUGCUCUCUUUGCAGGCGCGAAUCAUGGUCAGAUUCGACUUUUGCCUUCACAGGAACGUUUCACCUGAACACGGAUCACAAGAGGAAUGCGGAGGGGAGUAUCACAGCGAGGCAGAAAAUGUGUAUUGCAUUGGCAAAAUGACGAACGCGCGCGAACUACACGGGGUUGCAAAGACAUCGUCGCUGAUUACAAGCUCGAUGAGAUCUCAGAACCUUGAUCCGCUUCUUGAGACUACCAUAAACAGAAACACCGUGGCUGGCUACCUGGAAUCCCGCGUCUCGAACCUCACACUAUCCAGGACUAUAUCCUGCCACCCCGGAACGACACCUGCAUUAUCGAGCACUUCCUUCGCUCCUUUCGAGCACUGUCCUUCAGAUACAGUUCGUUGGCACAGUUGUAAACAUCUUCUUGUGUCGAACAUGCCCAGUGCAGAACAAGCAAAUGCGAUAGAUCUUCUCUUUGCGUUCUGCCUCCGACAGUCCUUCCCAGCUGCUUAGAAGCUCCGGCCACGUCUUUCCGCAUGGACAAUUGUUGCGUGCCGACCGGCUGGUGAACUCGGGUUCGUCAGGAAAGUCGCAAAUUCCAGCAGAUGAGGCACUGACAAAGGACACAUGGUUGUAUAACAGGAUCAUACGGCGGAUGGCCAACGUGCAGUGAAAUAAGGCCGAGCAUCCUGAGCACAGAUGAAACCCAUUCUUGGGCGAGAAUGCCUCGUAGCAGUCACAUUCGUAGUAAGACUCGCCCCCGCUGAAUUUCCUGAUGUUUUC